UCGAAAAAAUUAAUCAAACGUUUGCUUGCUUUGGUUGUGCUGUGUGCGGUCAUUCCCAAUACACAACGCGAAAAGUAGUGAAAAAGUGCUCAUCGUGUGAUAGCAACUUACACAAACCAGAGUGUGAAGAAAAACGAGUCGGAUUUCGAGGGAAAAGUUAAGGGUUUUGCGUUGAAAGUGUCCCGAAAAACGUCCGGAAGGAACCUGCAACCGAGUGGGCUGCAAUAAUCUGUUGAUUUUUUUCUACUCCGAAACCGAGUACAAUCUCGCCUGUGUCUGCGGCCGAGGACAACUAGGCCUCUGAGUUCUUUGAGCAGAAAAUAAAAGCGAACGAAACCGCCACACAAACAAUGGAAAAGAGAAUAGCACUGGAAAAACGCGGACGCGCUGAUGAUCAGAUAACCGAGCUCAUUUUGGACAACUGUCGCAGCACCGCCAUCGAGGGUCUCACCGAUAGCUUCACUGCGCUGGAAGUGCUCAGCCUCAUCAAUGUCGGUCUGGUAUCGCUGAAGAGCUUUCCCAAAUUGCCCAAUUUGCGCAAGCUGGAAUUGUCCGACAAUCGGAUCUCGAACGGGCUCAACAACCUGACCGGCAGCCCCAAGCUCACACAUCUGAACUUGUCCGGCAACCGAAUUAAGGAAUUUGAAGAACUCAAACCAUUGAAGGAAUUUGAAAAUCUGGAAGUGCUGGAUCUGUUUAACAAUGAGAUCACAACGACGGAGGAAUACCGAGACAAGAUCUUUGCGCUGAUUCCUUCGCUCAAGUAUUUGGAUGGUUUUGACAAAGACGAUGCUGAGGCUCCCUCAGACGAAGAAGAUGAAGUCAAUGGAGGCGGAGAGGAAGAGGAUGAAGAUGAAGUCAGCCUUGAUGAUUCUGAUUCCGAUUACGACGAUGAUGAGAAUGAUAUUUCCCUGGCAGAGGUCUACAGUGAGAACCUCGAAGAAGAUGGCUCAGAUUGGGCCGCAGAAGACGGCGAAGAUGGGGACGACAUUGACGAGCCUACUGACGAGGACGAGGAUGAUGGUGAGGGUGAAGCCGACGGUGAAGCAGAAGGCGAAGGGGAAGCGGCCGCAGAAAAGGCUGUCUCCGAUGGUGAAGAUGAUUCGGCGGAACCAAGGGGAAAGAAACGAAAACACGACGGCAAUGAUGGUUGAGCGCUAUUCUUUUCAAAAAAUAUCUUUACUUUAAUUACUGAUAACUGUAUUGAUAAGUUUUGAUUGUAAGAAUACAAAUUAACAGAAAAGAUGAAGCAAAAUCGGAGAAAGAAACGUAUAUAAAGCAAACCAAUACAAAUUUACAAUAAACCAAUCGUAGAGGACAUACCCGACACAGUCAGGCAAACAUAGUUGAAAAGAAAAAUACACGCACUUACUAAAUAGAACCCCUAGUACAGCUAGCUGAUGGCAUGUUUUAUACAGGAAAUCUGCAUCGGUUGCGAUUUUUACGCAAUCGGGCAGAGUACGAACGGAAGUCAGUUCUGCGGAAGCAGAUUUUGUUGAGCGCCCCCCAAGUUUCCCAUCAUCACGCCCACAGUUAAUCUUAAAGACAGACUUUAUUUCUACCGAUACCAACUACUUAUUCUAUGAUUAUGGCGGAAAAAUUUAAAUCAAAAGUGAAGACCGCUUCAAAUAAAAAAAACUGGUACCAUUUUGCGACCGUUUUGUGCACGAAAAUUACUGCAUUCUUUUAUGUAACACAAACUGUUAUUUCAACAUGAGCAUAAAAAAAUACAAACAAAACAGGAAAGUAAAUCAUCGUUUGUUGGAAGUUAACUUAUAAAGUGAUGAUUGGUUCUGAAGCUGGAGAUUGUUUGAUUAAACGUAUGUAACAUAACUUGUCUGUUUUUAUACUCGCCCCCACAUAACUUUAGCGAUUAAUUUUACUGGGGCAAAUUCAGUUUUUUUCUGACCUUCCGCUGUAUAUUGUUUAACGUUCAAGAUGUAACUUAAACUAAGUUAUGUAAAACCCUCAAUUGGUAGAUAUGUUUAUUGUUCUAGAUAUUUGCAUUAUAUGGCUUUCCCCCAUUAGACAUUGUUGCAAAAUCAGUAAAUUCACACUAAAAAAAAAUUAUUACCGAUCAGGAGUCAGUGCUAUAUAUAUAGAGUGGGGAAGGUUUAUACAGCAACAACAAAAAAACAGUAAAAUGAGAAAAUCAAAUAAAAAAUCAACACACUGCGCUGAGUCGAAAAUUGAUAGAGAUGAGAUGAAAACAAGCAAAAUUUAUAAUAUUAACUGAAAGUAUUUGUUUAAAUAAAAAAAAAGUCACUGGAA